AUGGUCAAAGCUGACGGUACAUUUACUGGGAGAGGUAAUCCAGCGUCAGUGUUAAUUAACGAAGAGAAUAAUGCACUUGCGGAAAAAGCUUUUGAAGUGGCGAAGGAAUACGUCAGGAGGAACCCAUCGCUGGGCUUGGCCGUGGACCCUGUCAUUGUUGUAGGAAACCGGACCGAUGCUAAAACGUUUCUUGAAAAUGUUUGCAGAAAGUAUAAUGACAUGAUAUCAGCAAAGAAAACCCCCCACGUUGUCCUAGAUUUUACUAUGACCGGAGUUGGUUCCGAAACGAUAAAGUCGUUCACUGCCGCGUUAGCAUUACCAACUAUUUCUGGAUCAUUUGGGCAAGCUGGCGACUUACGGCAGUGGCGAUCUCUCGAUGCAAAUCAAACUAGGUUCCUUUUGCAAAUUAUGCCGCCAGCUGAUAUACUUCCUGAGGCAAUAAGGGCUAUUGUUACCAAACAAGAUAUUACUAAUGCUGCUAUAAUGUUUGACGAAAUAUUCGUAAUGGACCACAAGUAUAAAUCUCUCUUGCAAAAUAUUCCGACACGUCAUGUCAUAACUCCUGUGAAAAGUUUCAACAAAGACGAAAUUAAAACCCAACUGCGAAGUUUGCGGGAAUUGGAUAUCGUGAAUUUCUUCGUAGUUGGCAGUCUGAGAACCAUAAAGAAUGUUCUUGACGCGGCGGAUGACAACCAGUAUUUUGGGAGGAAAACAGCUUGGUUCGCUUUGUCCUUAGACAAGGGUGAUAUCAGUUGUGGAUGCAAAGAUGCUACAAUAGUCUAUCUGCGGCCUACUCCCGAUGCAAAGAGUAGGGACCGCCUUGGGAAAAUUAAAACAACAUACAGCAUGAACGGGGAACCAGAGAUCACCUCCGCAUUUUACUUUGACUUGUCACUGCGCACGUUUUUAGCUGUAAAAUCACUACUGGAUUCUGGCAAAUGGCCAAACGACAUGAAAUACAUCACAUGUGACGAGUAUGACGGUAAGAAUACUCCUAACAGGACCUUGGACCUAAAGACGGCUUUUCAAGAGGUGAAAGAAAUCCCUGUGUAUGCUCCUUUUUAUAUACCAGACGACGAUCCAAUGAAUGGGAGAAGUUUCAUGGAGUUCAACACAGAUUUGACUGCAGUAACGGUAAAGGAUGGCGCUUCAAUAGGCAGUCGUUCUCUCGGUUCUUGGAAGGCGGGUCUCUCGAAUCCUCUGUCCUUGACUGACCCUGACAAUAUGAGUGAUUAUUCUGCGCAAUUAGUUUACAGAGUCGUGACAGUCGAGCAAGAUCCCUUCAUCAUAAGAGAUGACGAAGCUCCCAAAGGCUUCAAGGGGUACUGUAUAGAUUUAAUCGAAGAGAUUCGUCAAAUAGUCAAGUUCGAUUACGAAAUAGUUUUAUCUCCUGACAACAAUUUCGGUACAAUGGACGAGAACGGCAACUGGAACGGUAUUAUAAAGGAGCUGAUUGAGAAAAGGGCCGACAUAGGUCUGACAUCUAUGUCUGUGAUGGCUGAGAGGGAGAACGUGGUAGAUUUCACGGUUCCGUACUAUGACCUUGUGGGAAUAACUAUUAUGAUGAAGUUGCCGCGGACACCGACAUCUCUAUUCAAGUUUCUGACAGUUUUGGAGAAUGACGUUUGGCUUUCCAUACUAGCUGCAUAUUUUUUUACAAGUUUCUUAAUGUGGGUGUUCGACAAAUGGAGCCCGUACAGUUACCAGAACAACCGGGAGAAGUACAAGGAUGACGAGGAAAAGAGGGAGUUCACCCUCAAGGAGUGCCUAUGGUUCUGCAUGACGUCACUCACACCCCAGGGUGGCGGUGAAGCACCAAAGAACCUCUCUGGGAGACUCUUGGCAGCUACGUGGUGGCUGUUCGGUUCCAUGCCUCAGCUCAGCUCAGCUCAGCUGUGCCUUACGAAGCAAAGCGUAUUGUUCAGAUACGUGUUAUUUCAACGACAUAAGAGUGGUCACACUGAGGUCCGGUGGUUGAAGUGGGAAGAUGUGAUCAGCUUGAAAACCCCUAAUGUGUAUAACACAUCUUACACGGCGAACUUGGCUGCCUUCCUCACCGUCUCUCGGUUGGACACCCCCAUAGAGUCUCUGGACGACCUGUCGAAGCAAUACAAGAUACAAUACGCACCCCUCAACGGGUCUGCGGCUAUGACGUACUUCGAAAGGAUGGCACACAUUGAAGUUAGAUUUUACGACCUGAGCGACGUAGAGCGAGCAAAACUGGCAGUAUGGGACUACCCUGUCAGCGACAAGUACAGCAAGAUGUGGCAGGCUAUGAAAGAGGCGGGUCUGCCUAACUCCAUUGAAGAAGCCCUUGAAAGAGUGAGGGCUUCCAAGAGCUCCAGCGAAGGAUUCGCGUGGCUCGGUGACGCGACCGAUGUCAGAUAUCAUGUUCUGACUAGCUGUGACCUACAAAUGGUUGGUGACGAGUUCUCGAGGAAACCGUACGCCAUCGCUGUGCAACAAGGCUCUCCGCUCAAGGAUCAAUUCAAUAAUGCGAUCCUCCAACUUCUCAAUAAGAGAAAAUUAGAAAAAUUAAAAGAAAACUGGUGGACUAAUAAUCCCAAAGCGAAGAAAUGCGAGAAGCAAGACGACCAGUCGGACGGGAUAUCAAUUCAGAACAUUGGCGGAGUAUUCAUAGUAAUAUUCAUGGGUAUCGGCCUUGCGUGUGUCACCCUGGGCGUAGAGUACUGGUGGUACAAAAUACGAAAACGGUCAACCAUCGACGUCACACAGGUGGAACCAGCAAAGGAGACACGGAACAACACAGAUAAUAUAAAACAAGAUGGUUUCUCAUUCAGACCCAGGAAUUUGGGUCUAUCGAAUUUGAAAUCGAAAUUUUAA